AUGAGGUUAGUAAGAUUCAAUAGUAGUUGUACCAAGUUUCAACCAUUGAUAGAAAAUUACAAGACCUUAAGACAUGUCCAUUUUGAUGGAAUAACACCUUUUAAAGAAGGCCAAGAACUUCAAGAUCAAAUACUAAAGGCCAAUUUAUCAUUCAAAGAGAUCGAAUCUAAGAUUAAGAAGAAUCAAGUAGAUUUAGCUAAGCAAGGAUUCGAAGUUUCGGAAUAUGAACAAGGGUUGCUUGACAAAAUUCUCGACAUGAAGCCUUUCCCCACACUUCUUACAUUUGAAUUCAACAAUGUUUAUACUGGGGGUAAGAAAUUAAAGAAAGAUCCGACUUUGCCACAACAAAUAGAGAAUUAUAGAAAGUUAGGAUGUGAUUAUUAUCAAUUGGAAAGAGGUGGAGAUGUGACUUGGCAUGGUAAUGGUCAGCUAGUAGCCUAUUUGAUUUUGGAUUUAAAGAAAUUCAGUAACUUGUCAGUUCGUUGUUUCGUGGAUAGCGUGUUAUUAAGAUCCAUUCAAGAUUUACUUAGAAAAAACUAUAAACUUGAAAGUCAGUUGGAUGCUAACCCUGGAGUUUGGGUUGAAAACGGAAGUCAAUUAGACAAGAUAGCUUCCAUAGGAACAAAUAUUCAAAGGGGGAUCACUACCUAUGGGAUUGGAUUGAAUGUCAAACCUGAGUUGAAAUUCUUGAAUAGUUUCGUUAUGUGUGGCUUACCUAGUGUCAAAGCGACUUCAAUUCAAGAGUUAAGACCAACGGAAAAUUUGACCAUCAAAGAGGUUUCCAUGUUAUAUUCCAAGGAGAUAGCGAAAAACUUGGGCAUCGAAAGAGUUGAACAUUUGAAUGGAGAAGAUGUCAAACAACAACAGCAACAAAUGGAACAGGAGAAACAACAGUAA